ACCGCACCUCCUCCGCCGCCCCCCAAAACCUUAUAAACGGCGUUUCGCCCUCUCUUCGGUCUUCUCUAUCAGUUCAGGAGCUGCUAGGAGGCGUCAGGGUCCUUCACCCACUUUUCUCGUCACAGCUGUUUGACCAACCCGAACCAAGAUGACUCAUCAGUUCCCAUCCCUGUCACCGGAGCAGAAGAAGGAGCUCUCCGGCAUCGCCCAGAGGAUCGUGGCUACAGGAAAGGGAAUCCUGGCUGCUGAUGAAUCAACCGGCACCAUGGGAAAGCGUCUUCAGAAGAUCAAUGUGGAGAACACUGAGGAGAACCGCCGCUGCUUCCGCGAGAUCCUCUUCUCCUCCGACGCCUCCAUCUCAAACAGCGUGGGCGGGGUCAUCUUCUUCCACGAGACGCUCUACCAGAAAUCCGACAGCGGCAAGCUCUUCCCUCAAGUCGUCAAGGACAAGGGCAUCGUUGUCGGCAUCAAGGUGGACAAAGGCACAGCUGGUCUGAUGGGAACCGAUGGCGAGACCACCACACAAGGCCUGGACGGCCUCUCGGAGCGCUGUGCCCAGUAUAAGAAGGACGGCUGUGACUUUGCCAAGUGGAGGUCUGUCCUGAAGAUCUCCGACGGCUGCCCGUCAGCUCUGGCCAUCGCAGAGAAUGCCAAUGUCCUUGCCAGAUAUGCUAGCAUCUGCCAACAGAAUGGCCUGGUCCCCAUCGUGGAGCCAGAAAUCCUCCCUGAUGGAGACCAUGACCUGCAGCGGUGCCAGUAUGUGACAGAAAAGGUCCUGGCUGCUGUGUACAAGGCCCUGUCUGACCACCACGUGUACCUGGAGGGCACUCUGCUGAAGCCCAACAUGGUCACCGCCGGACACGCGUGCACCAAGAAGUACACCCCUCAGGAGGUUGCUAUGGCGACGGUGACCGCUCUGAGGCGCACCGUUCCCGCUUCCGUGCCUGGCAUCUGCUUCCUGUCCGGAGGCCAGAGUGAGGAAGAGGCCUCCGUCCACCUGAACGCCAUCAACCAGGUGCCUCUGCACCGCCCCUGGAAGCUGACCUUCUCCUACGGCCGUGCGCUCCAGGCCUCCGCUCUCGCAGCCUGGCAGGGAAAAGCUGCCAACAAGGCAGCCGCACAGGAAGCUUUCUGCAGCCGGGCCAAGAUCAACGGUCUGGCCUCCAAAGGCGAGUACAAGCCCUCUGGCUCCGCUGACCAGGCCUCCAUGCAGUCCCUCUACACUGCCAGCUACGUCUAUUAAGUACUGUGAACACUGAAACCCCAUAAUGCACACGGACCAAGUACGACCAC